AACAUAUAUACUGAAUUUAAGGUGUCUUCUAUGUAAGCGAUAGUCCUAGCAUAGAACUUAAAUGCUGGAAACGAGAACAGAAUCAUCUCACUUUACUCUUGACAUUGUAGGCUAAUGCUCGUGCACGUGGUUCACAUGCGCAAGGGUGUGUUUGUGUGCAAGCGCGGGUAUACUUAUCAGGCCCACUGACACUAAAGAGAGGUAAACAGAUGGGGUUAAAACAGCGGGUGGGGAUUCGUCAUUGGUUCACAGAGGCACUGAAGUCAGUUUCUCCUCCCCGGUAGUAAAUAUGACGUAGUAAAUCAGUAUCUCUCUCUCUCUCUCUCUCCCCCUCUCUCUCUCAUACAGACAAACUGGCUUCACCGUAGCUCAGUAUCAACCAGGCAGGAGUGACCCAGUGCCUGCCCACUCUAGCCCUGCCUUGCCAAAAGGCUCUGAGGCUGACACUUACCAACUGACUCACAGAGAAGAAUGAGAUGAAAGCCUAAGACAACGCACUAUUACAUUCUGAAAUAAGAUCAUGGAGCUGCUGUGACUUACAACGAGAACAAGAGGAACAAUGUCUUAGAGGAGGAGUUGUUUGGACAGAAGUAAAGGGCCUGCAGGGUCACUGUAGAUAGCACUAGCCUGGGUCUAGCCCACCGAUCGUCGGGCCAGACAGGCUGUUUCUGGUGAAAGCGGCCGUGGAAAAUAACUAGGCCUGGUCAGCAUGCAAAUAUAAUCUCUCGACAACAGUUAAACAGCGAAACUUCUUUCCAGUCAGAUAGCUUUACUUCUGCAGCAUUCGAGAAGGGCCUACGUGUGUGCCUGAGUGUGUGAGCGCGUGCAAGAGUGUGUGUGUUUGCAUGUGCGCGUGUGAGUUUGUGUUUGUGUGUAUCACCAUGAGUCUUGUGUCGGGCUUUCCUCACCACCCGGUCAUGCAUCAUCACGACAGUCACCGCUAUUCCUUGCAUGCAGCGGCGGCUGGUAGGUGUCACGAGGACACUGGAGGAGCUCCUCCGUACUUUACGAGCUGGUUCAUAAACCACGCGGAUAUGUCACCCACCGAGUACAGUCUCACGCCCAGCUACAGCCCAGAGUACCAUGGCAACAGCGGCAGUGGAUCCACCGGCGGCCUGGACCCCCACCAACACCAUCACCAUCACUUCGGAGCCGGUGGCUUGAUUCCGGGGGCCGGCACCAUCUCGGUGAAUGGAACCACUGUCGGUAUGCACCAUCAUCACACACAUCCUCGGACCGUGAAGCGGAGACCCACGGCCAACCGUAAGGAGCGGCGGCGGACCCAGAGCAUUAACUCAGCCUUUGCGGAGCUGAGGGAGUGUAUCCCCAACGUCCCGGCCGACACCAAGUUGUCCAAGAUAAAGACUCUGCGGCUGGCCACCAGCUACAUCUCCUACCUGAUGGACAUCCUGGAUAAGGACGGACAGCACGGAGAAACACAAGCUUUCAAGGCCGAGCUGAAAAAGACGGAGGCUCGGGAGGAGCGGAGGAAGAAAGAGGCGGUCGAGAUCCCAAAGACAACUUCAUCAUCCUCAUCGUCAUCCAACUCAUCAGCGGGUGAUAAGAAAAGUAAAGGACGGACAGGAUGGCCUCAACAUGUCUGGGCUCUGGAACUUAAACAGUAGUGUGUCCUUCUCUCCUGCAGGUUGAUAGUACUCCUCCCUCAGCUCUGUUCAGAGAGUGAUGGGACAGUAAUAUGACCUGCUCCGAUGAACUGUCACAGCAGUCAUCAUCUUUGUGAACCUCAAGGCUAUUAAUGUCCCACAGAACAGUGGAUACUGUAUGACUUCUAUAGUUCCAUUCAUUUACUAUAGUUAGACAAGCAACAGUUUAUUGUUCGUUUGUUCAUUGGUUGGAGUAGAUAGAACAUAACUUCACAUUUAUAACUUCCCCAUGUUCCAUCAGCAAAGGCACUUCCUGCUGUUUUGUUCUGUGUAAGGGUUUAACUUUGAACUAUGAUUUACUCCUAAGUUUCCCCCGUCAAAAAAAACUGUUGAAAAAUAUAACAAGUUCCAUUGCACUUUUUAAAAAUUUUACAGAAUAUUUUUGUGAAAAAACAUUUAACCAAAAAAUUAAUUUACAGCUUCACCAAAUUGUAAAUGUCUGUCAUCAUUUCCCUAUAAUGUCAUAUGUUUCAUGUCAGUGAAAACUUUGGGACAUACGUUUGGGAUAUACAGCAAAUGUGCAUGGACUUGAACAAUUAAAGUAGCUGACUUAGGUCAAAGAGGAUGAACAGGUUAUACAUUAUAAUAUUUGAUGUAAUGAAUCAAUAAGAUGCACUGUUACACUCAUCACAUUUCCACUUAAGUUUUUCUCACUGCCUUUCCCUUCUGUUUCUAUGAGAAACAAUAAAAUAGUGCUAUUUGGUGAAUGGGAUUGAUGCAGAAUUAAGGAGUGCUCCAUAAAAGCUUUUAAAUUUUGUUCUGCCAGAUGUGUACGUUGCCAUUGAGCCAAAAUGCCAAAUGCCAAAUAGCUUUACACGCCUGCUAGAUUGUGAACGGAGUGCAACAGUGUCGCUCUUCCUGUCUGGGGAACACAAACACAGACAUAAUCCACACGCGCAGGAUGACAUGCUCUGUGCUUUAUUUAAUGGAAUAUAUUUAUGUGCAAUGUGGCCGUUAGAAGGACAAAAACAGCCAUUCUGCUGACUGACCACGGACAUUUACUGAGCAUCUUUGAUUAAGUGGCAAGGUAUAUGUGAAGUUCUUUCUCUCUCUCUCUAUCUCUCUCGCUCUCCCCCUCUCUCUCUCACUCUCCCUCUCUCUUUCUAUCUUUUCUUGCAAUUUUGGGAUGUAAAUGUAAUGAUGCCACACUGAUGAGUGUUCAUAUUUUGUGUGAAUUUGUGGUGGGAUUCUAAAUAAUGCUUAAUGUGGUAUGUAAACAGUGUGAUGAAUUUAAUAAACCACCACCUGGUGACAUGGUAA